CACUUGACCUUGAAGUGACCGCCGGUCCGCUGUCCGUGAACCAUCACAAUAUUGCUCCAAUGUUGGCAGACUCGUCAGAACAUCACUUGAGGACCAUCUUUCUCUGAUCAUUUUCACCCACAGUGGCACCCAGAGACGAUAUUCGAACUGUCGAUAACAACAAUGUCGGAUACGAAGGUCGCUAUCAUCACGGGGGCAUCGUCCGGGAUCGGACGCGCAACUGCCAUCGCUCUCUCACAAGCAGGGUGGUCCAUCGUCCUGUUUGCUCGGAGAAUGGACCAGCUCCGCGAGACGCGGGACCUGUGUGCUGAUCCCUCACGAUCCUUAUGCUUCGAAGGAGAUGUCACCGAUGAGAAGUCGGUGCAAGAACUCUUCCGUUUCACCAUCAACAACUUAGGUCGCUUGGAUUUGCUAUUCAAUAAUGCCGGAAUGAGCACCCCGGCCAUCCCCACGGAGGAUUUAUCCUUGUCACUGUUCCUCCAGGUGACGAAUGUUAAUCUGGUCGGAACAUUCCUGUGCACUCGAGAAGCAUUCAAGAUCUUCAAGACACAAUCACCUACGGGAGGUCGCAUCAUCAACAACGGUUCAAUCGCAGCCCAUGCUCCACGUCCGCAUGCACUUGCGUACACCGCAACCAAACACGCCGUGACAGGUUUUACUAAGUCGAUAGCCUUGGACGGCAGGGCAUUUAACAUCAGCUGUACUCAAAUUGACAUCGGCAAUGCUACCACGCCCAUGGCGGCGGCACAGGGAAAAGGGGUUUUGCAACCAGAUGGCCGCAUAGUUCCGGAAGCAACGUUUGACCCAAAGCAUGUUGCCGACGCUAUCGUCCACAUUGCAGGCUUGCCGCUCGAGGUCACCGUUCUAAAUUUCACCAUUAUGGCUACCACAAUGCCGUUCGUUGGACGCGGCUAGUUCUUGUGCAUUGGCUUCUCUUUGCUUGGCCAACAAGUACAUCGAAAUAUUUGAUCCUCAGAAGCUGAUCAAUCGGAUGAUUUUAAAUAGCUUGGUACUUGCCUUGAUUGAACAGAUCGGCUUCGUAGUAAGGUCGUAACUUUAUUACACUGCUACGCAAUCAGGCUUCACCUGUGAAAUACGGAAAUGCAUGGUGAGGUGGUCUGAUUCGUGAUCCGAGUAGUCGGAGCAAACGACAGCCAGUAUUCAACUACCGUCAACAUCUGAUAAUAACGGCCGGAUGUAAGG